UAUUCCCUUGUUUGCUUGCUCCGUUGAGCCAGUCAGGGAAGUCAGCUUUCCUCCCCCGCCGGCCUCGCGACACACUCCACCAGCACGCACAAGACAGAAUCAACCGACCCGCAGCCCGAAACCCACGACAGAGCACCAUCAUGUCCAUGUCCACCUCGCCGACGCGGCUCCGGUUCCCCCAGUAGGACGACGCAUAUAUGGCGCUAUGGCUCGCGCUGCUCCUCGGCGUGGCCCUCCCCGCCGCGACGCUGGUCGCGGCCGCGUGCUACGCCUACCGGCGGCGCCACAUGCCGCGUAACGCGCCGCCGGAGCUGCCGGUGGGUGCUCGUGAAGUCGUCGGCGCGGACCCGUCGGUGAGCCCCGGGCUGGCGAAGCUCAACGCCAAGUACACCGCCAGCAGCGGCCGCGUGGGCGUCCGGUUCCAGCAGUUGCACCACCACCACCAUGUCCGCGCCGACUCCAGGCACCGGGGACCGGGCGGUGGCGCGCUGCAGCAGGGCCCGUUCCAGUGGGGCGAUCACCCGCGCCUGGUGAUCGAGGCGGCGGAGCACGGGUGGGCGCAGUUCGUGUUUGCCGUGGCGCCGCCCAAGGCGAGGUCGGCAUCGUCGUCGCCGCUGUGGGGGCUCUGCCCGGUCUGCGACGCCGGGACCAGCCGCGACAUGGCUGAGGCCGCGUGGGAGGUCCCCGUGGGGUCGUCCGAGCGGCUGCAGGCUGUGCGGCUCAACCCGGUGGCCGCGGCCACCGGCGCCGCCGCGUCCAGCAAGAAGUGGCUCCCAGGAAGCCUCUCGAGCCCGCUCCGGAACGACCAGGAUCUGACAAGCAACAACGGGCUUUGCAUCGCCAGGAUGGGCAUGCCGCUCCCGGGGCCGCCGAUGAACGGCACGCCGUUCCCGCAGGACGCCUACUUCGAGAUCACCAUCAUAUAUCUGAACACACGGCGCCCGGAGUGGUCGGCGUCCCGGACGAGCAGGCGUGGGCACGACGGCCCCGGCGACAGCGAACGCAGCAAGCUCAUCAACUUUGCACCGAACACCACCGACCCGAUCCAGGAAACCAGGCCCGCGAAAGAUGACCAGGGAGACAAGCAGAGGCACUUGGUCAUGUCGCUGGGCCUCGCCGCCGGGACAGCCGCACCGGCACGACCGUCGUUAGCCGGAACGUACGCGUCGUCCAUCGGCUUCCACUCCAACGGCGCGGUCUACCUCGACGGGAUGAAGCUGGCGUACGAAUCGGAGAAGUCAGCGUGGGCGGGGGUGGACAAGGUCGUGGGCUGCGGCUUCGAGCCGACGAAGCGGAAGGUGUACUUCACGGUGGACGGGCAGCUGGUCCACGCGGUGAGCUGCAACGCCGACGCCUUCUCCAGCCCGCUGUACCCGGUGCUGGCCUCCAGCUUCGACGUGAUGGCGCUGGUGAACCUCGGGCAGAGCAAGUUCCGGUACGCGCCGGCCAACGCGCGGCGCACGGCCAACCCGUGCUUCGUGCGGUCCGCGUCGCUGGGCGAGGGCCGGAGCGGCUCCAUGGGGCUCGACUUCGACGACAGCGGGGACCUCUUCUCCAUGGGCCGCGUCGACUCCGGCUGGACGGAGGCCUCGCGGGUUAGCAAGAGCAGGAAGGAGAGCGGCGGCGGCACGACGGCGGCCGGCGACCUCGAACCCGAGUCUGACCUCUUCGAGAUCUCAUUGUGAGAGAUAGCGACAGGUGGGCUCAUUGGUCAAGCAGGAGUUAAUGGCGAAAGGUGGUGGUGCCGAUACUGACGCGUGGGUUAGGACUUACUAGAACACUGCAGCUGCAGGUUUUCCCACGGCCGUCGUUGAAUCUUCUCGCUGAUAAUGAUCUAGAUGCCGUGGAAGUGGAAAGUUGGUAGAUUCGAAAGAUUGAAAGUUUGUCUUAUGUAGAAUGAGCUCACCUUCGUUCUUCUGCUUGUCCUUUUGAGGAUGUAAAUAUGGUAUAGAUGGAGAUAGAUUCUGUAAUUAUAAUUUCGAAUAAGAGGAACCGGAAAAGGUGCGGCAAAACGCCUUUCAUCAAAUAAGAGAAAUUUCCACGAGCA